GACGCCGGACGCCAGCAGCGUGGCCCGGGCGGGCGGGGUGCUGACGGUGAGUGUGCGCUUUUGAGCGGCGGCGGCCCGAGAUCGCGCGUCCGCAGUGAUGAGCUACGACCGCGCCAUCACCGUCUUCUCGCCCGACGGCCACCUCUUCCAAGUGGAGUACGCACAGGAGGCGGUCAAAAAGGGCUCCACCGCGGUUGGUGUUCGAGGAAGGGACAUUGUUGUUCUUGGUGUGGAAAAAAAAUCAGUGGCUAAGCUACAAGAUGAAAGAACAGUCCGGAAGAUCUGCGCCUUGGACGACAACGUCUGUAUGGCCUUUGCAGGUCUCACCGCUGAUGCAAGGAUAGUCAUCAACAGAGCCCGGGUAGAGUGCCAGAGCCACAGGCUGACAGUGGAGGACCCAGUGACUGUGGAGUACAUCACCCGCUACAUUGCGAGUCUGAAGCAGCGUUAUACACAGAGCAAUGGGCGCAGGCCAUUUGGUAUCUCUGCCCUAAUUGUGGGUUUUGACUUUGAUGGCACUCCCAGACUCUAUCAGACUGACCCCUCGGGCACAUACCAUGCCUGGAAGGCCAAUGCCAUAGGCCGGGGUGCCAAGUCGGUGCGUGAAUUUCUGGAGAAGAACUACACAGAUGAUGCCAUUGAAACAGAUGAUCUGACCAUCAAACUCGUGAUCAAGGCACUGUUAGAAGUGGUCCAGUCAGGUGGCAAAAACAUCGAACUUGCCGUUAUGAGGCGGGAUCAGCCCCUCAAGAUUCUAAAUCCUGAAGAAAUUGAGAAGUAUGUUGCUGAAAUCGAGAAGGAGAAAGAAGAAAAUGAAAAGAAGAAGCAAAAGAAAGCAUCUUGAUGAAGAGGGCACUGGUCAGAGCAGCUUUGAGCCUCCAUCCGGGCAAGCCUCGGUGCUGUGGGCCUUGUGGCUAUUUGUCCAAGUCCAAUAAACUACUACAUUUUUUAACUC